AUGCCCAAAGCUACUACACCCUCCCGCUCCGCCGGACGCAGACACAACCCCCUCGCCGAUGAUAUCCUCUCCACCAGCCAGGUACGAACAACGACAAAAUCCGGCAAGAAACGAUCACACAAGUCCGCCAAUGACGACGACGAUGAUGAUGCAGACAACAGAAAAGAGGCAUUCAUAGAUGCCAAGGCCUCGCGCAAGAUUUUACAGAUUGGUCAAGAUCUCGCCGAGGAAGAGGCUGUGGAGCAACAGAAAAUUCUGGAAGAGGCGGGCGCAGGCCAGCAACAUAAUAAGGCGUUUGAUUUUUCGACGAGGUUUGGGGAUGAAGGUGAUUAUAUUUCGGACGACGAAGAAAAGUUUGAGGAGGGGGAUUGGGAGGAUGAGGAUCUGGACAACGGGGAGGUCGACCCAACUGAUUUGGACAUGUUUAAUAAAUUCAUCCCGGCUGGCGACCAAGAUCCCAUUUUCGAUCCGAGCGAAGAAGGCGAGGAGGGCUCUGGGAUUAACCUUGCAGAUUUGAUUCUUCAAAAGAUUGCCGCAUACGAAGCGAAUCAGUCUGGUGAUGGUCAACAAAUCAAAGGAGGUGGUGCGCCAGAGGAUGCCGUUCAGAUACCCGCGAAAGCAUUGGAAGUAUAUGAAAAAGUUGGGAUGAUUCUUUCGCGGUAUAAAUCAGGACCUCUUCCCAAACCAUUCAAAAUUCUACCGACGUUACCACAAUGGCCUACGCUUCUCGAUAUCACACGACCUGAUACAUGGACUGCCAACGCCGUCUACGCCGGGACAAGAAUAUUUAUCUCCUCGAAACCGGCCAUUGCGCAGCAAUUCAUCAACAUGGUGCUACUCGAACGGGUGCGCGACGAGAUUCACGAAACUCGCAAACUCAACGUGCACGUCUACAACGCGUUGAAGAAGGCUCUCUACAAGCCAGCCUGUUUCUUCAAGGGUUUACUAUUCCCGCUUAUUGCUACGGGGACAUGCACACUCCGGGAAGCUCACAUUGUCUCGUCGGUUAUCGCUCGGGUGUCCAUUCCCGUUCUGCAUUCCGCUGCUGCAUUGUUACGACUAUGCGAAAUUGCAGCUGAGCAGACAUCGGCGUCGCUGUCGUCUGAAGGCACGGGCGCAACCAACAUGUUUAUCCGCGUCUUUCUCGAGAAGAAAUACGCCUUACCUUACAAAGUCAUCGACGCACUCGUUUUUCACUUCCUCCGCUUCCGAGCCAUGGACAACAAUGAAGAUAGCAUGAUGGUUGACGGAAACCGUCAGUCGGCCGCUGCAGCGAUGAACUACAAAUUACCCGUGCUUUGGCACCAGUCCCUCCUCGUCUUUGCGCAACGAUACCGAAACGAUAUCACCGAAGACCAGCGUGAAGCUCUGCUUGAUUUGUUGCUUGUGCGCGGCCACAAGGAGAUUGGACCGGAGGUUCGACGAGAGCUGCUCGCGGGACGAGGACGGGGUGUGGUUGUUCCCAGUGAAGAAUCAGCCGCUGCCGUGGCUGCAGGUGAUGAUACUAUGGAUGUUGAGAUGUGA